CACUCUUAAAUUCAGCAGCACGCACUUGAACGCCAGAGAGGCAUCUCUGCCUGCGCUUACUGUUGUCAAAGAGACGACGGCCACGACGACGACGACAACGGCGACAAGGACGACAAGGACAAGACGAAUCGUUGUUGUAUUUGUUCUCUUUACACCGACGGACCAUUUGUGUUUGAACAGCGAGCAGCGCCCAGCCACCACCCCUCCGACCCGCUUCGGCCCUGUCACACACCCCACCUUACACCUUACUCCCACCGUCACACUUCUCUUCCACAACGUCCACAUCGCUCUCGACCUAAUGGCUGCAUCAUAACAGCCCUCGCCAUCGUCACUUGAUACCCUCUCAUUCACCACCCCUCGCGCCGCCGCCAUGGACCGCAUCGUCGACCCAAGGCGAUUUAGCUGGCUCGGGCCAAGCUGGGAUGCCUUCUCCGACCAGAUAUCAUCGAUGGAAACGGCACACGAUGUCCACCUCGCCCUCAUGCGUGGUGUCGCCGAGGUCGAGCCAGCCUACGUCCUGGCCGUGCUCAGAUCAUAUGUCGAGUUCAAGCUCAGCCGCGAACGCACCCCAGCAAAAGUUGGCACAAAGAUGGCCCACCUUGAAAAGGACUUGGUGGUCAAGGAGCAAAAGACAUACCUCGCCCAGUCGUUUGCAGUCAUCCGUGCAGAGUACUCGUUGCCGCUGUCACCGAUCCCGGCCAUUUCGUCGUUGCAGGCCGGCGAGCGGCGGACGAGGGUGAGGAGUAUGGCGCUCGAUGCCUGGGCCGGGCCGUACGUCGUUCCGACGCAGGCUUUCCCGACAGACGACACGGACGAGGAGGUGAUCGGUAUGGACGUGCCGACGGGCGAGCUGGCACGCGCGAUACGUCACCUGUCGACGCUGUCGCUCCACACCGCGACUUGGGUCCCUCCGUCGUACGCGCAGGCGACCGACGCGAUCGCCACCGAGAACCAGAGCCGCACGCUCGAGGGGCGCAUUGAAGAGCUCGAGAGGUUACUCACUAUCGAGGCUCGACGACGUGGCGAGCUCGAACAGCAGGUGCGCGAGGUCAAGGAGGGCAAGGGACGCGCCGAGGAGCGCGUGCGCGAGCUCGAGCGAUUGCUCGUCGACAUGGUCAGUCGCGCCGCCGGCACCCCUGGCGCCCCGACCGUGCCGACUCCACGGCCCGUGUCACUGCUCACGAUUGGCUCGGUGCCAAUGGAUAUCGGCUCGAUCGGCACCGUGCCACUAGCUGCGCCUGCACCUGUCACCGUGCCCGUCCGAAAGGCCUCCCUCAAGGCCAACAUCAUGCGGCCGGCCGCGGCCUCGACGGUCUCGCUGGCUGCCGACGUGCCCCCGCCUAUCCCACAGCGCCACCCAGGCCGGAUAUCGCACACGAAGCGUGAACGCCGCACGUCGCGUAUCCACCUCCCGCCGAUGCCGCGCGUCAAGCCCCUAUCGUGGAUCGAGGGGCUGUCGAGCGGGAGCAACAGAUCGUCGGCGCAGGCGGUGAGCGGGCACGCGUAGGUGUACUGGUAGACUAGACGGAGUAUCUUCACAGCAUGGUUUGUUUCAUUGGUUUGUUGCGAAUGCACAG